AAAAAGAUCAUUGAAUUAAAGCAAAAUGAUGAGGAAGAUGAAAGUAAUAAUAAGAUGGGUGAAAGAGAGAACUCAGAUGAUGAAUCAAAGGCUUGUGAACAGAAUAGUGAAGGAGAGAAUUCAGCAUCAAAAGAGCUUAUUGUUGUGACUUCAAAAGGAAAGAAAAGAGCAAACAGGGGUUCAGCAACUGACCCUCAAAGCCUUUAUGCAAGGAGAAGAAGGGAGAAAAUUAAUGAGAGGCUCAAAAUCUUACAGAACCUUGUCCCUAAUGGAACAAAGGUUGACAUUAGCACAAUGCUAGAAGAGGCUGUCCAAUAUGUGAAAUUUUUACAGCUUCAGAUUCGGUUGUUAAGCUCAGAUGACUUCUGGAUGUAUGCUCCCAUUGCUUAUAAUGGAGUUGAUAUAAGUCUCUACAAGCGGAUUUCUCCAUUUCUACUAGCUUGAAUUUGAGGAAGAACUAAAAAGACAUAGAAGAAAUUCAUUAUUUGAAAAAUAUGAUUGUAAUUUCAAUGUUUAUAUUCAUUCUAUUGCCUUUUAGCCAUGACAAAUUAAAUACUAAGCAUUGGUUAAUAUCAAUACCAUGCUUAAUUGUGUAUAUUUUACCUUAAUUGGAUAUAUAUGUCCAACAACGUAGAUUUACUAGUAAUCUAGUUGAGCUUCUUAAUUAAGCACCGUAUAUUGUACGAGAUGCAUAGAUGAAGUUUUCUGUAAUUUAGAAUUUGAGAAGGAAGAGAUAUC